AUGUAUGGGUUUUUAAUUUUCCUUUUUAGCUAUCUCACCUCCUUCAACUGGCAAUACAUAACUGCAACACCGUAUCAGAAUUGCAAGCUACUGCCAUCAUCUCCGCAGUGGCCCUCGAUCGCGCAAUGGCAGGCGCUCAAUGAAUCCACAUCGGGAAGACUGCUCGCCCCGAGUCCAUUGUGCACGGCAUGCCAUCUCCCUUUCAAUAACGUGUCUUGUGCUGCGGUGGGAGCUCAAUGGGCGAACUCUUCAUGGCACGCAGAGAAUCCCUGGUCGGCGGAUUAUAACGACAACUCCUGCCUGCCCGAUUCGACUGCGUCGUGCUCUGCUUUGGGCUAUCCGGCGUAUGUCGUCGAGGCACACGGUGCGAGCGAUGUUCAAGCUGCGCUCAACUUUGCUAGGCGUACCGGGGUGCGCUUGAUAGUUAAAGGGACUGGGCAUGACUUUUCCUCUCGCUCGUCAGGUCCGGGCUCUCUAUCCAUCUGGACGCACCACAUACGCGGGGUGAAUGUCACGCGAAAAGAUCCCCGUGCCAUGGCAUACGGAGGGGUUGCUUCAGUCGAAAUCGCUGCAGGAAUGCAAUGGAAAGAUGUAUAUGCAACAGCAAUCAGCCAUAACUUGACCGUUGUCGGGGGCGGAGACCCGAACGUGGGCAUUGGCGGAUGGAUCCUCGGAGGUGGACACAGCCCUGUAUCUAGUCGGUAUGGGAUGGGCGCGGAUCAAGUUUUAGAAAUGGAAGUGGUGACUGCCGAUGGCGAGUACAGGGUUGUCAACGAGACGUCUCAUUCCGACCUAUUCUGGGCCCUGCGCGGUGGCGGUGGCUCAACGUAUGCUGUCCUCCUGUCAGUAACGGUCAUAGCCUACGAACGGCUUCCAACAAUAGGGUACCGUUUCUCAUACGACACGGUAGCCGAUUCAGAUACGUUCUGGAGUUUGGCCGCUUAUUUUCAUCAGCAAUUGUCUAGGUUGUCGGAUGCCGGCGCCAUGGGGUAUUACUAUGUUGUGCCCGCUGCGCCGAGUAGUAAUAAUUCCAGUGAUAAUAUUGGGACAAUCUCCGGAUUUUGGCUUUUUCCUGAAAAAACGUUGAAAGAAGUCGGAGACAUCAUGUCACCUAUGGAGAACUACAUGCUUUCGUCUCCCCCAUGGGCAGAAGACACUAUAACCGGCGACAAAAAGGUGGUAGAGUGGACUGACUUCCUCACAGAGUUUUCCCAAAACGAGCCCCAGACCGUGGGGUUUGAUGUACGACUAGGCUCUUGGCUCUUGGAUGAGACAGCACUCUCAAGGCCUCUAGAGACACUGAAAACACAGCUACGUAAAUCCACACCGCCUCCAUGGGAACUUCUUGGGCAUUUGGUAGCCGGCAAGGGGGUUCAAAAUGCCACAGUCCCGGGUGGCAGCAAUGCCGUUUCGCCUCACUGGCGAAAUGCAUAUUCGCAUGUUGUCAUCCCCCGUAAAUUGUCAUUCCUUGACACCGCUGCCAAAACGGCCAUGACAACCUCGCUGCGCACCGAAGCUAACCCGGCUUUAAUGGAUCUGGCCCCGGAAUCCGGUGCGUAUGCCAACGAGGCCGAUCCAACGAUUUCAGGAAAUUGGCAGCGUAUAUUUUUCGGCAAUAAUUAUCCGCGUCUACUUGCACUGAAGGAGAAAUGGGAUCCAGAAGGCGUCUUUUGGUGCAAGUCAUGCGUUGGGCAAGAGCUAUGGGAGGUAGUUGACGGGCCAGAUGAAGAGGAUAGAUCGGAAUGGGGGGUAGGACAAAUUGGGGGGAGGAUAUGUAGAAAGUAA